GUACAUGGUUAUAGGUUGCAAUUGAUGUUCCAACGCGUAGCGAUAGCAUUCAUUGACCAAACUCAGCUUUCCUCUCGUCCACACAAAAAGACCCAAUUCGAAGGAUAGAUACACUCAAACUUUCAGAGAUCUCUGCGAGAGAGAGAGAGAGAGAGAGAGAGAGAGAGAGAGAGAGAGAGAGAGAGGAACAGCUAGCUAGCGAAGAAAGAAAAUUGAGAUGGAGCUGGUUGUAUCCGCAGUUGUAGGUGAACUUGUUAACCGGUUCAUGUCCUUCUUAUUCAACAAGUACAAAAGUGAAGAGCAGUUGGAGAAGAAGGUGAGAAUGCUGCAAGAUCUAGUUGUUAGAGCUCAUAUGAUUGUGGAGGAGGCCGAGGCGCGAUACAUCACCAACUCAAAGAUGCUGCUUCAGCUCAAGAAGCUUGUGGAGGUCAUGUACCAAGGCUACCUUGUCCUGGACACCAACAGGUACACGACUGUAAACGAGGUCAGCAGCAGCUUCAUGCUCCCGGUGAUUGGCGGUGUCAGAGUCGGUAAGAAAACUCUGAUUGCACAUGUGUGCAACAAUGAGAAAAUCAGGUCACAGUUCUCUUCAGUCCUGCACCUGAAUGGAGAAAACAUUUGGACAAUGGAGCAUGAUGCUGCUCCUGUUAUACCAGCACCAGCAGGGAAGUCUUUGCUGGUGGUUCACUUUGCAUCGGAUGUGGAUGAUGAGGUGUGGCUCAAGUUUUACUCAUCAGCAGCAAAACAAAUGGGGAGAGGAAGCAAGAUCGUAAUUGUCAGUAGGGUUAGGAUGCUAUCAAGGCUCGGAACUGUACAGCCAAUCUGUCUUAACAACUUGUCGCACCAGGAGUACAGCUACCUCUUCAAGGUUCUUGCGUUUGGAAGCACAAACCCAGAAGAGCACCACCCUCAGUUAGCAUCAGUAGCACAAUAUCUAGCAGAGGCCUUGAGAGGAUCACUCGUCACGGCGAACCUGUAUGCUCAUUUGCUACGGAAGAAUCAGAAUGUUGGCGCCUGGCUCUGCAUAUUACAGAAGUACAGGAAAGUAGUGGAGAACAACAUGUCAAUUUUCGGUGUGCAUCCCAAGAAUCUAAUGGACAAAGAGCACCCAAUAUAUAUAACCAGCCUUGUACCGUUGUCAUCAUCGCCUAUACUUCGCCUGAUGCCCCCUCAAAGAGAAAUUGAUGCCUCCAAAGGGCGAUUACCAAAGGUGUUGUUGGGAGAUCUGAUUGUGGGCUCAGCUGUUCUGCCCAAGAAGGAAUUUCAGGUGGUUGUGUGGGAAUCACGGAUACCCCCUUACAAAAGGUUUGUUCAUCUUGCUACAUAUUGUGAUGAUGAGCCGGUGGUCUCUUCUCAGCAUCAUACUGCAUCACCUAGCAUGAAGCGCAGACGGUUAGAUAAAUAAAGCUGACGCUCAUCACCGUUUGAUAGCAACAUCAUCAGAUGCUAUAUAUUUAAAUGUGGUCCCCACAUUUACAAUACUCCUAUAUAGCAUUUGUAAUACUCGGGCCAGUGUGGUCAACAAAAGUAGCUUACACUCUCUCGGUCCUGUUUUGGCUUUUUUAAAUGCAUUGCUUUUACUACUCGAUACAGUGUAUAUAUAAAUAUAUAAAAAAAACUAUGUAUCUAAAAAGGUUAGAACCUUUUAUAAUUUUGAAUGGAGUAAGUAAAGUAA